ACACUUUACUCUCAUUUUUUCUCAUCAUUUCAUACAUUACUUCCAUCAUUGCAAAACUACUCAUACUCAAUUUCUUUCAUUUCUUCAGCUUUUUUAUACAUUAUUCUUACACUAUAACCAAAAUGGAGCCAAGAACUUCAGUAAUAGCUGCAAUAAUGGUCAUAUUAGUUGGUCUAUUAGCAACAACCAAUUUAAGUAGUGCAGAGAGACUGCUACUUAAAGCACAGAAUCACACCAAAAUUUUGGUUCAUAAUCAUCACAAUCAAAUAAGGCCUACUUUUCUGUCAAGAGCAGCUCAUUUUCUUUGGCAAAAGGGCAAAUCUUCUUAUGAACCUGUUUGGCCUGAGAUGGAAUUUGGUUACAAAUUGGUGUUGGGAUCAUUUGUGGGAUUCCUUGGGGCAGCAUUGGGUAGUGUUGGAGGAGUCGGAGGUGGUGGAAUUUUUGUGCCAAUGCUUACCUUGAUCAUUGGUUUUGAUCCUAAGUCUUCUACUGCUAUUUCUAAAUGUAUGAUAAUGGGAGCAGCAGGAUCCACAGUUUACUACAACAUGAGACUGAGGCAUCCAACACUAGACAUGCCCCUCAUAGAUUAUGACUUGGCAUUGCUUUUUCAGCCUAUGCUCAUGCUUGGUAUCAGCAUUGGAGUUGCCUUCAAUGUCAUGUUUGCUGACUGGAUGGUUACCGUUCUUCUCAUCAUCCUCUUCAUAGGUACAUCAACUAAGGCUUUAUUCAAAGGUAUAGAUACAUGGAAGAAAGAGACAAUAAUGAAAAAGGAAGCAGCAAGGCAACUGGAAUCAGAGUCCAAACCAGGUGAUGGGGAUGGACAAGAUUAUAAACAAUUACCUAGUGGCCCAAUUGUUAUUGAAGAGGAUGAGGUUUCGCUAUGCCAAAACAUAUACUGGAAAGAGUUAUCACUGCUGAUGUAUGUAUGGGUGGGGUUUCUUGCUGUUCAACUUGUUAAGUCAUACGUUAAAAACUGCUCCGUGGCAUACUGGGUUCUAAAUGCGUUGCAGGUGCCGAUAGCAGCGUCGGUGACAAUAUUUGAAGCGAUUUGCUUACGGAGAGGGACGAGGGUGGUGGCAUCCAAAGGAAAGGAGAUCACAAAUUGGAAGUAUCAUCAGAUUUUGAUGUAUUGUUCAUGUGGUAUUAUUGCUGGCAUGGUGGGUGGACUUCUUGGUCUUGGUGGUGGCUUCAUUUUGGGUCCUCUUUUUCUUGAAUUAGGAAUUCCUCCUCAGGUAGCAAGUGCAACAUCAACAUUUUCAAUGGCAUUUUCAUCUUCAAUGUCAGUUGUUCAAUAUUAUCUUAUCAAGCGAUUCCCAGUCCCAUAUGCUUCUUAUUUUGUUUUAGUCGCCACCAUUGCUGCAUUAGUAGGCCAACAUGUAGUCAGAAAAAUAAUUGCAGUUCUCGGAAGAUCAUCAAUUAUUAUUUUCAUUUUGGCUUUGACCAUUUUUGUGAGCGCAAUCAGCUUAGGUGGAGUGGGAAUAGCAGACAUGGUUGAGAAGCUUGAGAAUAACGAAUAUAUGGGAUUUGAAAAUCUCUGUUACCAUUAAUAUACAAUUGAAGCAGAUUGGGAUUUAUUACAAGACACAGAGACUGCUAGAAAACAACAACAAAAUUGCACUUUCUCCAUUUAUUUGUUUUUAUUUAUAGAUUAUAUUCAGUGAGCAUUUGAUAUUUGUGUACAAGUAGUGUAUCAGCUAAAACUUUUCUAGCUGAAUUUUUUUUUCUUCAUGUUUUGUUUUUCUUGUAUGUUAUUAGUAAUAAGAGAUUUUGCAACCAAGUUGCACUCCA